GUGGUCAUGGUGAAAGAUGUGACCGUCUAAAAACACUUGCCAUACUAAAUCUUGUCCUUAGAUUAGUGUGACGAUGGCAAGUUUGUGUGGUUUCUACCGAUUGUUUUGUGCUAUCUUCGGAUUCAACACUUUGAUUUUAAAGCUGCAUUCAAAGUAAUGUAAGGUCAUUUCAAAACGGACAAAGAUAACAUAAAAAAGAGACAUAAAACAUGUUUUUCAUGUUUCUAUUUAAAUUAAAUGUAAAUUGCACUUGAUGUUUGAAGCCCUGCCCAGUUCACAAGGUUUAGUUAAAAAUGCGCUUCGUGAAAUACCAAGGAGUUGGAAAUGAUUUCAUAAUGGUGGACAGAAUAUCAGCUGUUGCCUUAGCUGAGAGCACUCCCGAUUUAUCUAAGAGAACAAUAGCAGCUAUAUGUGACAGGCGUAAGGGAGUGGGGGCAGAUGGUCUAAUAGGCCAUAUUUAACAUGUGACUUUGAGAUGGUGUACUAUGAUGCAGAUGGUGGCGAAGGUACCAUGUGUGGAAAUGGUGGACGAUGUGCAGUUGCGUAUGCAAAACACUUGGGUGUAUUACAAAAUGAUGAUUGUAAUUUUAUGGCGUGUGAUGGCCCUCACUUUGCCACUAUUGAUACCACAAACGAAGUGACACUGAAAAUGAAAAAUGUUGAACGUAUUGUUACACAUGCGGAGAUUUUCAAAGAAUGCAUACCACUAGGAGCUUAUGGAAUCCAACAACAAACACAACGCACAAGGUCAGGAAAUAAAAUCGAACAUUAUUUCCUUGACACAGGAUCGCCACACCACGUAUGCUUUGUCAGAGACCUUGAUACAUUUGAUGUUGAGAAGUAUGGCUCGCUAAUUAGAAAUCACCCAUAUUACAAAGAUAUCAAUGGAAGCAACGUUAACUUUGUCUCAGAUCGUUGUGAUUUUCCCAACGAGCUUUGUGUGAGAACAUUUGAAUGUGGUGUUGAACAUGAAACGUUCUCCUGUGGUACAGGAUCCGUCGCGUCAGCAAUUGUAGCUGCAUACGUGGGCUUGGCACCUAAUUCGGGGAUUUCGCCUCCUGAGUUGGAAGACGUGGACAACAUUGAAAGAUCGCCAGAAGGUUGCAUUGAUAAAAUGGAUGCUGAUUUAUGUAGCUCUGAAUGUUUAAACCACCAAUCCCCGUACGUUGACAGUGUUGUAAAAACAGCAAAUGGUACAAGAAAGCUUGCAACCAACUCCGAUAUCAUCAAAACGACAACGUGGGUUGUUCAUACUAAAGGAGGCACAUUGACAGUCACCUGGAAUAAGAUUUCGCAUGAACAAUUGUACUCGGAAAUAUAUUUAAAAGGACCAGCAGUCAAGGUGUUUGAAGGAGAGUAUUUCAUCUGACAUUCACAUGGCUUACAUAAAAGGCUAUUUGUGCUGACAUUCAAAAGGCUUACAUGUUAAAUUGUAAAAGGCUAUUUUGUGCUGACAUUCAAAAGGCUUACAUGUUAAAUUAUAAAAGGCUAUUUUGUGCUGACAUUCAAAAGGCUUACAUGUUAGAUUAUUAGAGGCUAUUUUGUGCUGACAUUCAAAAGGCUGAAAUGUUAAAUCAUAAGAGGCUAUUUUGUGCUGACAUUCAAGAGGCUUACAUCUUAAAUCAUAAGAGGCUAAUUUGUGCUGACAUUCAAAAGGCUUAUAUGUUAAAUCAUAAGAGUCUAAUUUGUGCUGACAUUCAAAGGGCUUACAUGUUAAAUCAUAAGAGGCUAAUUUGUGCUGACAUUCAAAAGCCUUACAUGUUAAAUCAUAAGAGGCUAAUUUGUGUUGACAUUCAAAAGGCUUACAUGUUAAAUCAUAGUCACUCGGUCACUGCGUUCCCUCGGAAAAUAUUGAUAUAUAUUGUGAUAUACCCCAUAUCAAAUCCCUAGUGGGAUGAUAUAAUACCAUCAUAUCACAUCAUAUUAUAUCAUAUCAUAUCAUAUCAUAUUAUAUUAUAUUAUAUCAUAUUGCGUUCCCUCGGAAAAUAUUGAUAUCAUCCUUUUAUAUAUAUUUGAUACAACCCAUUUCAAAUCCCUAACGGGAUGAUGUUAUAUCAUCAUAUCACAUCAUAUUAUAUCAUAUUAUAUUAUAUUAUAUUAUAUUACAUUAUAUUAUUUCAUGUUUGUAUGUCCAUGAGUGUCCAUUAUUUGUGAAUACAGUCAGAAAUAGAUUAGAAAGUACUAAUUUUUAAUAACAUUUUACAUAGCUUCACAAACACCAAAUUAAAAUGGCCGCGAAAAAAUAUAUUUCACAAUUGAGGUCGAUGCAAUGUAUAUGAAGAUCGGAGAUAAGGGUUUUGUUUAGAAGUAUGGUCUCAAUAGCUUGAAAUGGAGCUGUGAUAGCCCCUGUUUGUGUAUUCCUGUAUGACAUUCGUCCUUCUGAUAGUUAUCGUUAAGUUCAGAAGGAAGUUGAGCGUUUAUUCUGUAAGUAUAUGGCCUCAAUAGCUUGUAAUGGAGUUGUAAUAGUCCCUGUUUGUGUAUCCGUGUAUGGCAUUCGUCCUUCUGAUAUCGUUUCGUUCAGAAAGAAAUCGAGCGUUCAUUCUGCAGAAUUCAAAAACAUACAUGUGAAUAUGAAUACCAAAACAGUUGGAGAAAGAUAACCAAAACAAUCUAGUUGGGUGAUUUUAUACUCUCCAUACACAUUCUCAUCAGCAGGUGUUCAAAAUCUGCACCUCCUUCUUCUCAAUGAAAGGAAGAUGUUCUAAUAAUGUUUGGCUAGCGAUAGUGUUAAGCGGUAUACGGAGCAAUUUUGAACUUCCUCGUAUUUUAAAGAAUCCACGGUAGUCUUACCUUAUUAGGAGGGACAUCCAAUUACAUCAAACCGCAUGCACAUAUGGUUUUGCCAAUUUAGAGGAUUGAUGCGUACGAAUCUGGCAAAGACAGCGGGCUCGAUCGUGUUUGUAACUUUUGUGUUACUGUCCACAUUUCCUUGGAGAACCUAAGAUAAAUAAUGUACAAAUAAAAU